AUGCUGUCGAUCUUACGCAAAGCUCGUCUAAAGGACAAAGAAAUGCGGGUUCUCAUGCUAGGACUUGACAAUGCAGGCAAGACCACUAUUGUGAAAAGAAUCAUGGGAGAGGACGUCACAACGGUUAGCCCAACACUAGGGUUCAUUAUUAAGACUAUUGAUUUCAUGGGAUACAAAUUGAACAUCUGGGAUGUGGGAGGACAAAAAACGCUGCGGUCCUAUUGGAAGAAUUAUUUUGAAAAAACAGACACGUUAGUCUGGGUUGUAGAUGCAACUGAUCGUCCCCGGAUGGAGGAUUGUCGUGAAGAGCUAGCUGGGCUGUUGCUGGAAGAGCGAUUGAUGGGCGCCAGCCUGUUGGUGUUUUUGAACAAGACAGAUGUGGAACACUGUAUGAGUGAAGAAGAGGUUCGACAGGUACGUUAUCUUCUCAUAUUCCCGAAGUCUCCUGUUUCCUAUGAUUCCAGGCUCAUGAAUCUCCGUGGACAGCGUCUUGGGCUGGAUUUAAUCAAAACCCAUACUUGGACGAUUCUCCCAUGCAGUGCUAUGACGGGAAAGAACUUGAAUGAGGGAUUGGAUUGGGUGGUACAUGAUGCACAAGACCGAUUGUUCCUUUAUUAG